UUUUUGGAUUGCCCAUACUCUAGGUACAGUCUCACAAUGUCUUGUAUCCCGCAAUUAAGAAUGUACUUGAAAAGAUACAUGUGAAUGAGGUAAAGGCGCGGGGAAGGAAGGACCUUGAUGGUCCGUUGGGUACCUUCUCUGGUGUUUGUCAUCAAAGAAGCUUCCAUCCCAUACCUACCUGGGGAGCACGUCACUUCCUGCCCUACGGCCUGCUCCCUUACUUCCUCUUUUACCUACAACGUAGAAUUUUGAACACAUCAAAAACAACUCAUUCUAGUUUCACAUAUUUCUAUCCGACCGCAAAUACUUUUCGUACUAGCCACAGCAACUCGAUCUAACUUGACGGAUAUUUCCAACUCACGACUCAAAAUGCCUCCCGCUACUUACUCUCUCCCCCCGCUUCCAUACGCCUAUGAUGCUUUGGAGCCCAGCAUCUCCAAGCAGAUCAUGGAGCUGCACCACCAGAAGCACCACCAGACCUACAUCACCAACCUCAACAAAGCUUUAGAGGUAUCUGCUAAGGCGGGGUCCGAAGGCAAGCUCCAGGAUGCCGCGGCUCAGCUAGGAGCCAUCCGCUUCAACGGUGGCGGUCACAUCAACCACUCGCUAUUCUGGGAGGGCCUGGCACCCGCGUCUUCCCCCGACUCUCAGCUAACCGCCGCCCCUAAGCUUGCCGGCGCUAUCAAGGCUACCUGGGGUAGCUUCGACAAGUUCAAGGAGGUCUUCGGUGCUGCUCUUCUGGGUAUCCAGGGAAGCGGUUGGGGCUGGCUCGUGAAGGAGGCAGUCACCGGACAGCUACGAAUCGUGACGCUAGCUAACCAGGAAGCUGUUGUCGUCGGUGACACCCCCCUAUUCGGCGUCGACAUGUGGGAGCAUGCCUAUUACCUUCAGUACCUCAACGGUAAAGCGGCUUACGUCGAGAACAUCUGGAAAAUCAUCAACUGGAAGACUGCUGAAACACGUUAUGCCGGGAGUCGAGAUGAUGCCUUCAAGGUUCUUAAAGCUAACAUGUAAGCUUAAGAAGUAAACAAAAUUGUGCUUAGUGGAUAUUUAUCCUGAGCCAUGAGUUUGAUGAGUACAAUGAACAAGCUAGAUUGACGAUGUCUAGCAUUGAUUUCUGAGAAUGGGCCGCUUUCGCUAUAGUAGUUGCCUAAGGAGUACAAAUGAAAAUGAACAUACUAGGUAGUUUUGUGCCUAAGGCUCUCAUCAGGUCUAUCGCUUCUGAUUGAUGUUUUGCAAUGCUGAAGAUGACGUAAUGAGCUUUUGAGAUGUGAUGGAUGUGAUGACUUCUAGAAGGAGCUCUGGGAUUAGCGGUACCUGCGGCACUAAGUAAAG